AUGGAUCAUAACCGUGCAACAUGCGACAGCCCCUUGGGCAGCGCGGCCGAAGAACCGUGUAAUCAGAUGGGUAUCAAAGGCCCGCUUUCACAGGACAGCUUUCUGGCCUGCUUUGAUCCACAUCAACUGGCAAGCACUCUCCAAGCCAUGAGUGAAUCUAUGGCUAUGCCUUAUGCCACCAAAAGUGAAUUUAAGGUGUUUACGUCAGACCCCCAAGUCGCGUGCGGAUAUAUGCUCCGAGGUCUACUUGCCGGCUUCUACCCGAAGACGCCUCCUAACCGGCCCCGCACGGUUCCUUUGGAGCCUUUGCUAACUGAGCACAGGUCUAAGUGA